UCUGAUCACUCCAUGGGUUCCACCCUUUCGCAUUGACUAUCUAGCCAUUUUCGAGGGUCAAACCUAUUUCAGAGCUCCGCACAAAGGAAUCUCUUACCAUCUCAGAACACAUCACCUUUCCUCCCAUCCACCCAGCAACCACUCUCAGCCUCACCCUCGUCAGGUCCAGUAGAGCAAUUCCCGUUCAGGUUCUCUGCUGAUUUCACUGUUCGUGGGACUUCAGUGCCUCCGUGGCCUUUCAACUCACAAACCACCAAGUUGGCGGGAUCCAUUUCUCCAAAGUUCUCCUUCGCUCUCCCCCUCCUCGGUCCACUAUCCUGGGUCCUCGGAGCCUCCAAGAAACCUCCAUAACUGGCCCUCUGGUCGGCCAAUCGGAAGAAGGACCACUGCUUAUAGCUGCUGUCCAUACCACUGCCAAACAUUCCUCGGUCUUACAGCUGGGUAAACUUUUCGGCUCCUUCUUGAACACGGCUUCUCUCUCCUGCCUUCCUCAGCCCUUGUUGAGGGUGAUUCCAAACCCUCAAGGCUGUCGAAUUGAUUGCAACUAGCGUGGUGAGCGCACCUCGCGGCUCGCCCUAGUUGCUGGAAUUCUCGGAUUCUGGAAAUUUGUUGUGAGCAGACUUUGGCCCCCCAUGGAAAGGUAGCAUUGAUGACUGAUGCUUUUUUUUUUUUUUGCGGUAGAUUUAUCGUCAUCAUAACGGCUAUCUCUACACCCCACAUAAUUUGUUUUCCGACCACGAUAUCUAUUUUUUUUACUCAAUCACUAGUCCCGGAUUUCCACUGUCCCUACUGAACCGGCCCCUGGAAGAAGGCAGCAACAAUGGACACCCCACGCUCCGAGUCGCCCCACUUUACCCCUGCCCCCGCCGCCGAGCUGGACGAUCAUAGGUUCCAGGCGCAUUCCCUUCCUCGCUCUGGCACUGCGUCGUCGGAUGCUCGUGCCCGCCCGGACAUAUCGCUCAUUGUCGAGGAUGCCCAUAGCCCCAUUCACAGAGACUACGAGCAGGCUGUGUUGGAUGACGACACACGCGACAAUAGGUCUGCCCUUUCUCCUGAUGACUGCGGUGACCGUCAGUACGGCGUACCCUUCCCAUCCCGCUCUUCUUCUCGGGUCGCUUCCACAAGAUCACCAUCGCCCCCGAACUCUGUUGAUGCAUUUGCAAAUCCCGAGCACAGACGCCGUGUCGAUCGUUCCGCCACCAUCAGCUCCCAAAUUCCUGCGGACCUUGCCUUAGGCCUCCGCAGGACCAUGUCACGCCGUCCGACCUUUACUGAGGAUCAGACUGCUGAAAAUGGCUCCGGCGAUGAGGCUCUGGCCACUGCGGAGGAGGAUGUUUGCUUCCCGCCUCCUGAGGAGAGCAAAAUCCGGGGUGGCAUUGAUUUUGAGGAGAUGGAUGAGUUUGUGGCCGAUCAAUCACGCGCAAAGCCCUGUGAGAGGAGAAGGAAAAUGAGCACUUGUGGGGAUAUGAUUGGGUCCCGAUACUUUGAUCAAAUCAAGGCCAAGGAGGAUUUGUCCGCUGCUCCUGGCAUUGUUGGGAAAGAGGCUCCCAUCUCCUCCACGUCAUCUAUCAAUAAUGAGAAGGCCGAGUUUUGCAACACGCCGACCACCCCCCGUCAUAGGCGUGUGAGCAAUCCUGAUCGAUUCAGUUUUUUCUCAUCCGAGGGUGAUGCCACGAUCCAUGCUCCCGAGAUUGGCGACCUCCUAUGCGAUGGUGAGAAUUUCCACGAGCUCUUCCGCGGUGGGCAGGGCGUCUGGUGGUUGGACUGUUACGAUCCUACUACAGAAGAGUUAGCUAUGCUCAUGAAGGCUUUUGCAAUCCAUCCUUUGACCGCUGAGGAUAUUCGGGUUCAGGAGACCCGCGAGAAAGUUGAACUUUUCAGGUCCUACUAUUUUGUAUGCUUCCGCUCUUUUGUGCAAAAUAAGAACUCCUCGGACUUUAUGGAUCCUGUAAACGUCUAUAUCAUCGUUUUUCGCGAGGGAGUGUUGAGUUUCCACUUUGCGCCUUGCCCGCACAGCGCCAAUGUUAGGAAACGGAUUAGGCAGCUCCGCGAUUACGUUGCUCUCUCAUCAGACUGGAUUUGCUACGCGUUGAUGUAAGUUUUUCUUUUUUCUGGUGAUCGCGGUGGUAUUGAGAGAUCAGUGCUGACAUGGGUAAAUAAUAGUGAUGAUAUCACUGAUUCCUUCGGUCCCGUAAUUCACGACAUUGAGAAGGAGUCUGAUGCCAUUGAGGAUGGCGUUUUUGUCGCGCGCACAGAUGAUUACACUCCCAUGUUGCGGCAGAUUGGCGAAUGUCGGAAGAAGUGCAUGACCUUGAUGAGACUGCUGGGCGGCAAGGCCGAUGUUAUCAAGGGAUUCGCAAAGAGAUGCAACGAGCAAUACCAGGUCACUCCUCGUGGUGAGAUCGGAUUGUAUCUCGGUGAUAUUCAAGGUUUGCUUGUUACAUUUUAUUGGUUUGGAGCCAGAUUCGCUGAUGCGUAGUUCCUUUUAGACCACGUCGUCACGAUGAUGGGCAGUUUGUCUCACUUUGAGAAGAUGCUUUCCCGCUCACACGCCAACUACCUUGCCCAGCUCUCGGUAGAUUCUAUCCAAACCAAUAACCGUGCCAAUGAGGCCCUCGGAAAAAUUACAACCAUCGCGACAAUUCUCGUCCCGCUCAAUCUAAUUUGUGGUCUCUUCGGCAUGAAUGUAACAAUUCCCGGCCAGCAAGACCCACACCUUUACUGGUUUUUCGGGAUCCUGGCAAGUAUCUUCCUGUUUGUCACUGUGUCCUUCUUCCUCGCAAAGCGGUGGAGGUUUAUAUAAAUUUACCCAUCUGUUUUUCAUUACCCUUCCUCACGAAGAAAAAGCGGAAAAUGUCCUGGGUGACGUCUGUUUAUUAUUAUUAUUAUUUUCUGGGAAACUAUUCCUCAAGCUUGUACCUUUGAGAUCGUCGUGCCUCCUCCUGUGCCAAAUUGCAGCCUUUUCAGGGAUUCCCUUUACUAUGCUUGUUCAUGAGUGUAAUAAAAAGCUUCUCUUGUUUGUUUGCGCCAUUGGUUUGUUCCUUUAUGCUUUUCCCGUUAGAGAUUGGAAUGAUAUGGUGCGGCAGUUUACGGAUUAUGGCGCCGUGAAGGGGUAAGGUGCUGUUGCCCUAGUCAUCGGGGAUAAGAAAUGGACCAGUACUCAAGUAAUACCAUACUGGUAGCAGAGACAAUGAACAGGAAGGUUGCAGAAAAACAACCCUGCCGAAUUUGAUAUUUGCCACUAGUUUAUUUGUGUAUCGUUCUCCGUUCCCCUCCGCCCGUUACCCCGCCCUCCCCUGAUAAGGGUAAAUUAUUCGAAGAAAACCUUGCUUACCGUACCGUAUUGUACCGGUACUUUGCUGUUUCAUGUAUGGUAGCUUGAUCUUGGUGGCGCAGAAAGAAAUUUAGAUGCAGAGGAUAUGGACCUAGGAGGCCUAGCGGCCCGUAGCCGCCCCGGAAUUCUGUUGAACAGAGCUCGGGAACAAUAAUUGGAUGAAGCAA